AUGGACGCAUUUUCUGACUCGGGUGAACUAUACACCAUCAGAUACCAAUUUUACACCAACCAAUACCUCAAAGUCAAAUCCUACUCACUUGAAGAAUAUUCCGAGGAGAAUCAAUUAAAGGUGUUGGAAUUCCAAAUUAGAGCAACAGUAGCUUUAGACCAAGAUGCAUCGCAAUUGAUUGAACAGGGUAAAACCAGGUUCCCAGACAAUGAGGAGUUUUUCCAGUUACUACAAGCAUGGAAUGAUUUACAUGAUUUUGGUACUGAUGAUUCAACUUAUUUUGAAGAUUUGAAACAAGCUAAAUUUGAAUUACAAGCAAUCUUGACUUCGCUUUACUUGGUGAAAUUUGCCAAGGAUAUUGACCAAAGCAUCAACUUUCUCACCACUUACAUUGACAACUUGAACAAUUUACAAAAAUACAAUGAAAUUGAAGUGUUUUUAAUCUUGAUUCAGUUGUAUUUCAUCAAGGGCAGUUUCAAGCAAGCUACUGCCAUUUUCAAAGUUUUGAACCUGUUUCCAGACUUUUCACGUGACAACAUCAUUUACCAAAUAAUUGAAAGUUGGUACAUUAGUAUUCAAAAUGGAACUGAUAAUGUCAACAAUAGUUAUUCACUUUAUGAUGAAGUCUUGAGCAACAGUUACAGCGAAGAUGACAUCAAGGGUAAAGUUCAUAAUUUGACUGUGUUGUUGGUGUUGACGUUGCAGUUGAAACAUUACCCAGAAGCACAAGAGGUUUUGGAUCAGAUAUCGACCUUAACCAAUGAAAAGAAUGCAGACUUGAUUGCCAAUCAAAUAACCUUGGAUAGAUUGGUCAAUUACGGACAAGGAACUGAUGAGUUGUUGGGUGAGUUAAAAAAGGUGAAUGGAGAACAUGAAUUGAUUAAAGAUGAAGAGUCAAAGAAUGAAAUUUUUGAUACAAUUGUCGCCAAGUAUCAAACUGUAUAA